UUGAAUUAUGGAUAAAAGUACUAAAAAAAAUUGAAAAGUAUUGCCAGAUCAAAAUAAACACAAUUAAGGUGUUUUAUUGAUCAAACCACAAUAUCAACAAAAUUCAAGGCAUAGACUAGGAAAUAUUUGUGCAUAUAUAUCUGAAAAAGGAGAUUAUACAUUAUAUACAAAAUACUUCCUCAGAUCAACCAGCAAACAAAUAGAAGCCUCAUAUUGGAAAAAUUCACAAGAGACAUGAACAAGCUCAUCAGAAGACCUAUACUGAUGGCCAGUCAAUGUGAAAGUGUGCAUCACUUCAUAAAUGACAGACAAAUGCUAAUUAAAUUUAUAUGUGAAGUCAUCACACAUUCACUAAAGUUCUAAAAAUCGAGAAGACAACACAAAUGCCAGCAGGGAUAUGAAGCAACUGGAACUCUCGUGCUUCAUGAUCUUAGAUACACAUGCAAAAUGUUUGUGGUUUGGAGAAGCAAAGUAACCAAACCAUAGUAGGCUUGGUUUCUGGGGAUUUGGCCUAUUUUAUUUUUAUCGAAGCUGAGCUAAGUAACAUUAUGAAAAUUCAUUGGAUUGUAGAAUUCUGACUUUUCCCCCAUUAGGGAUGUAUGCUAUAUUUCAAAGCAUAUAUAAAAAGUGUAAAAUUGAUUUUAUGUGUCCAUUAUCUUUAGUUACUUGAAAAAAAUCAAAUUAUAAGCCUACUCAAGAAAGCCAAUUAUCCACUUAAUACUCUUAUGACAAAACAUUAAUGCCAUCUUCGAUUGUUCUAAAAUUUAUACUUACAACGAAAACUUAUUUCAGCAAAAUAAUAUUUAGAACUUCCAAUUGUGAAGAACUGCGUGUAUGAAUUAAAAGGAUACUGAAAUAUAUUAAAAUUAAAAUUUGGAAGAAAAUGUUAAAAUGAAAUGCAAGAACAAAUAAGGACACUUGGUGGCGCUCCAGGAUAAGAGUGUGAAGAAUGGGCUCUGCAAACGCCCAGGACACCAUCUCAUCAAGCUGAGAACCAGAACUUUGGCUGCUGUCUGAAGGAGAAGGUAAUAAGAAAGGUUUCUGGGAGAAUUUGGGAAGAAGGUGUCUCUCUAAUCGGAUUUAGUUCAAUAUUUUCACGAACCCUGAGUGGAUUAUAAUCGUCUUGAAGAAGAGGGCGCCCUCCGGACUGCAUCUGAACAAUGGAGACAGCUAUGGCAAAAACGCCAGCGAAAAGGCAAGUCAUUUUCCUUACUAUGUUGCUGCUUUUGUGGGAGGCUGAUUCUGAGGCGAUUAGAUAUUCCAUGCCAGAAGAAACGGAGAGUGGCUACUUGGUAGCUAACCUGGCCAAAGAUCUGGGGCUCAGGGUGGGGGAACUGGCCACCAGAGGGGCUCAAAUCCAUUCCAAAGGAAACAAAGAGCUCUUGCAGCUGGAUGCAGAGACUGGGAAUUUGUUCUUAAAGGAAAAACUAGAUCGCGAGGUGCUGUGUGGGGUGACAGACCCCUGUGUGCUGCAUUUCCAGCUCAUUCUGGAAAACCCUGUUCAGUUCUUCCAAACUGACCUGCAGAUCACAGACAUAAACGACCAUUCUCCAGAGUUCCCUCACAGGGAAAUGCUCCUAAAAAUUCAAGAAAUUGCCCAGCCAGGGACUGUGUUUCCUCUGAAGGCAGCUCAGGACUCUGACAUAGGGAACAAUGCUGUUCAGAACUACACAGUCAACCCCAACCUCCAUUUCCAUGUGGUUACUCAGAGUCGCGCUGAUGGCAGCAAAUACCCAGAGCUGGUGCUGGACAGAGCCCUGGACAGGGAGGAGCAGCCUGAACUCACUUUAACACUCACUGCUCUGGAUGGUGGAUCUCCUCCCAGGUCUGGGACCACAGCAGUUCGCAUUGAAGUUGUGGACAUCAAUGAUAACGCCCCCCAGUUUGUACAGUCACUCUAUGAGGUUCAGAUCCCUGAGAACAGCCCUCUCAAUGCCUUAAUUGUCACGGUCUCUGCCAGGGAUUUAGAUGCUGGGAUGAAUGGGAAUGUAGCCUACUCUCUGUUUCAAGGUGGUGGAGUUUCUCAACCAUUUGCAAUCGAUGAGAUCACAGGAGAAAUUCGUCUGAGUGAUGAGUUGGAUUUCGAGGUAAAUAAUCAUUAUAGCAUAGAAAUCGCAGCCAUGGAUGGAGGAGGCCUUUCGGGGAAAUGCACUGUGUCUGUACAGGUGUUGGAUGUGAAUGACAAUGCCCCAGAGCUGACCAUCAGAAAGCUCACAAUUCCUAUCCCAGAAAACUCCCCAGAGACUGUAGUUGCUGUUUUCAGUGUUUCUGAUUCAGAUUCCGGGGACAAUGGAAGAAUGGUGUGUGCUAUUCCAAAUGAUCUCCCAUUUCUCUUAAAACCCACUUUCAAAAACUAUUACACUUUAGUGGCAGAGGGACCACUAGACAGAGAGAGCAGAGCUGAGUACAACAUCACCAUCACAGUCACCGACGUGGGCACACCCAGGCUCACAACACAGCACACCAUAACAGUGCAGGUGUCUGACGUCAACGACAACGCCCCCGCCUUCACACAAACCUCCUACAUCCUGUUUGUCCAGGAGAACAACAGCCCCGCCCUGCACAUAGGCACCAUCAGCGCCACAGACUCAGACUCAGGCUCCAAUGCCCACAUCACCUACUCUCUGCUGCCCACCCAAGACCCACAGCUGGCCCUCGACUCGCUCAUCUCGAUCAAUGCUGACAGCGGGCAGCUGUUCGCACUCAGGGCGCUGGACUACGAGGACCUGCAAACCUUCGAGUUCCAAGUGGGCGCCACAGACCAAGGCUCUCCUGCGCUCAGCAGCCAGGCGCUGGUGCGAGUGCUGGUGCUGGACGCCAACGACAAUGCGCCCUUCGUGCUCUACCCGCUGCAGAACGCCUCUGUGCCCUGCACAGAGCUGCUGCCCAGGGCGGCAGAGCCAGGCUACCUGGUCACCAAGGUGGUGGCAGUGGAUCACGACUCUGGACAGAACGCCUGGCUGUCAUUCCAGCUGCUCAAGGCCACAGAGCCCGGGCUGUUCAGCGUGUGGGCUCACAAUGGCGAGGUGCGCACCUCCAGGCUGCUGAGUGAGCGCGAUGCUCCCAAGCACAGGCUGCUGCUGCUGGUCAAGGACAAUGGAGAUCCUCCAAGAUCUGCCAGUGUCACUCUGCAUGUUCUACUGGUGGAUGGCUUCUCUCAGUCCUACCUGCCUCUGCCAGAGGUGGCGCGCGACCCCGCCCAAGAUGAGGACUUGCUCACACUGUACCUGGUCAUUGCCUUGGCUUCUGUGUCUUCUCUCUUCCUGUUGUCUGUGCUGCUGUUUGUGGGGGUGAGGCUCUGCAGGAGGGCCAGGGCAGCCUCUCUGGGUAACUUCUCUUUGCCUGAGGCACACUUUCCUGGCCACCUGAUAGACGUCAGUGGCGCUGGGACCCUGUCCCAGAGCUACCAGUAUGAGGUGUGUCUGAAAGGAGGUACCGGAACAAAUGAGUUCAAAUUUGUUAAACCUUUGUUUCCCAACGUUGAGACCCAGGCUGCUGCUGAAGAAAAUGAAAAUGCUGUGGUGCGCAAUAGCUUUGUAUUCUAUUAGAGCGAUUAUUUUGUCGUGAUUUUUACUUCAUUUUUGUUAACUAUCCCUGAUGUAGAGAGCAGUGAAUCAUCUUGAGCUAUAUGUUUAAUUUAUCCCUUGUUUUGGAUUUGUUUAUUCAAAUUUCAUUAUAGAAAGUUUUAAAUCUACUUCUUGUUUAUUUGUAUUUCCAUGCUGUAACAAUGCAUGCUGAGGUUUUUGGUUUUUUUCUCUAUAUUUGUUGAUUCUUAGAACUAGUUUUGCUAUAACAAAUUGGAACUUCUUUCAUUGUUAGUGGCACCUUAUUUUGUUUGGUUAUUUGAGGUAGGGUCUUUGUAGCCUUAGCUGAUCUGGAAUGGCUGAGUACAGAUUGACUGAAAAUUUGUGGGGAUCUAUCUGCUUCUGUUGCCUGAAAUGUUGAGAUUAUGAGCAUGCACCAACAGGCUUAGUCGUGGUGACGUUUGCCUUGAUAAAGAUCAAAUACUAAUUGCAUUUCCGAGUAUUCUAGCAAUCUUCUAUACUGUCUACUUGAUGCUAAGUUGAAAAUUCAAAGUGCUUUACAGUAUUCUCUUUAUUUGGGUCAUUGUUGAUGGAAUAAAUGAUGUUGCAAACCUUGUCUAAGAAAACAUGGUACAAUGGAACACUCUUCUAUGGACAGUUGUUCUUUUGUCAGUCUUAAUCUCUGCGGUAAAAAAGAAAGUUAACCCUUAAUGUUCAGUUAAAUGUAUUUUCACAAGGUAAGAACACAUCCUGCCACCAGUGCCGUGUGAAAAUAAAGCAUCACUAGCAUCCCAGGUGCCACAUAAAUGAUGCUUUACAACCACUACUGGCCCAUGUACAGCAAACACACUGACUCCCAAUUUUGUAAUCUUGCUACUUUGGAGUUUAUGUAAAUUCCUUGUAGGAGAGUACCAGCUGCUUAGUGUUACAUUUCUUUCUCUAUAUAUUGUGUUUAUGAAAUGUGUGCAUAAUACUGCUUUAAUGUUAUUUCAUUAUUAUUAUUGCCAUAAAUUAUUCUGGUUGAGUAUGCCACAACCUAUUACUAAAUUAUUCAUUUGUCAGAUUAAGGUUUGGUUGUUUUCAAUAAUAUUAUGAAUAUUCUUACAUAUAUAUUUUGACUAGAUGUAUAUUUGCAUUUGUGAUGGACACCCACUUCUUGGGGCUAGAGUUGUAUAACUAAACUUUCAGUAGAUAUUUCCAACCAGGUUUCCAAAUUGGUUGAACUACCUUACACUACAAAUAGCAAUAUUUGCAUGUACAACUUUGUCUAUAUUCUUUCCAAAACCUGUUCUCAUUGGCAACCACUGUGUGUGUGUGUGUCCGUGUGUGCGUGUGUGUGUGUGUGUGUGUGUGUGUGUGUGUGUGUGUGUGUGUGUGUGUGUACAAUGCAGGCAUGUUUGGACCAAUACAUUUGUGGAGAUCAGAAGACAACUUUGGGAUAGCCUUCCACCUUAUUUCAGGCAGGGUCCCAUAGCUACUUUUCUACUGCACACACCAGCCUAGCUGGUCCCAGAACUUCUAGGGAUUCUCUUGUGUCUUCCUCCCAUGUCCCUAAAGGAGAACUUGGAAAUCCAGAUGUUCCUGACAUGAAUGUCUAGUCUUUAUGUGAAUUCUGGGGACUUGAACCAUAGUCUUCAUGCCUGUGCAGACAGGUGUUUUUACACCUCACAACAUCUCCCAAGCUCAAAAGCACUUUCAGCCCUUUUUAAAAAAUGUUAACCAACUUGUUCAUUACUAAGAAAUGUUUUUAACUAUUAUCAGCUGAAUUGUUAGCACCCUCAAAGUUUAUAUAUUUAGGCCCUGGUACCUACUACUAUGAAAGCUGGUGCUAUUAAAUAGGACUUUUUCUUUUCUUUUUGAUAGGUGAUCUUAUAACAUAGUCCUGGAAGACCUGAAACUCAUUAUGUAGACCAAACUGGCCUUGAACUCAGAGAUCCUCCAGCUUCUGCCUCCCAAGUAUUGGGUUUAAAGUUGUGUGCCACCACACCCAGCACAGAUAAAGCUUCUAAUGAUAUUAUUAUAUUACAAUGUGUGGUUAGGCUAGACCCUUAAUAACAAGAGGUCUGGUAUCUUUAAAAAAAGUGUAGAGAGGGAGAAAGGAAGAGAGGGGAAGAAGAGAGAGAGACAAAGAUGGUAAUUGUGUGAAGUUACCAGAGGAAGAGAUAAUCUGUGAGGAAAAGACAGAAACCUCACAAUAAAAUGAUCCCUGCCAAUCCUUUCAUCUUAAGCUUCCAGAUUUUAGAAGGGUGAAUAUGAGUUCUCAAUUUUGUGUUGUCAGCCUUAGUUCACUAAGUAUUUCAGUAUUUAGGUGAUCUGUAAUGAUUGCUAAUUAUGUACGCUAAGAAGCACACAUAAAAUGAUCUCAAGUUCCCAAUCUUUACUUAUAACUUUGUCACUACAUUGAACACUUAUUUAAGUAAACCAAAAGCUUCUUUUAGUGUUUCAUUAAUAACAGCUUAAUUUUUAAUGAAUUUAAUGAAUGGCCUUUUUAUUCUUUUUUUAACAUCUGUUUCAUUCGAGAGCUUGCCAACGUCCCACACUUGUUAAAAUGGUCAAGGUUAGUGGAUUUCAAUUUCUGCAAAUGUUACCUUAAGAAACGGUCAUAAUCGAGUCAGCUUGAAGCUUGGAGCUCAGAGCUCAGCGAAUCUCACAGAAGAAGAGGAGCAAAUAUUGUAGGAGUCAGAGGAGAUGAAGGGGAACAUGGCCCAAUGUAUCAACUAAGUAGGGUUCAUAUGGACUCUCAGAGUCUGAAGCAGCAAGCACAGGGCCUGCACGGGUCUGCUCCAGGUCCUCUGUAUAUGUUAUGGCUGUUGUAUUAAUGUUCUGUGGGACUCCUAACAGUAGCGGGGUGUCUCUGACUCUUUCAUGUGCUCUUGGGACCCUUGCUCUCUUACUGGAUUGCUUUGUCCAGCUGAGUCAGAUAUGAGGGCUUUUGCCUUGACUAGUUGUAUCCUGUUUUGUCC